AUGAACCCAGCUCUCAACGCCGACACCCCUCCACCACCCCCUCCGAAGCCGAGCAGCCACGAUGUCAGUCGAAACGGCACGCCGCAAACGAAUCCCGCUCUCCCGGUUACUCCAUCGCAGGCAUACCAGGAAGGAUAUCAGAGUCAGGACAGAGUGCGGGCACAGUCUGUGAAUGCUGCUCAGUCGCCGGCUCCGGGUAACCUGCCCAGACCCCCGACGGUGGAGGAGGGGUGGUUACCAGAUGUUGUGCGGGAUAAAUCUACUACCGACCUACAAACAAUCCUCCAAAACCCAUCCCUCAUCUCCGCCCUCUCCAGCAACCACCCCUCGCACACAGCGCACCAACAACACCUCGAAUCCCUCCUCAAAUACAACCGCGACCUCGCAACACACCUCCUAGACCUCCAGUCCCAACUAUCCGACUCCCGUGCCUCAACCGAAUCCCUCCUCCUAACACACCAAUCCCUCGAAGUGUCCUGGCGGAAGAAACAGACCGAGAUGGACGCCGCGUUGGCGCCGUGGUCGCCGCGCGCGUUGUACCAGCGGCUGUCCGCGUCGAUUUCAGAGCAGGAGGCUAUUUGUCAGGCUGUGGAGGAGAGUUUCCUGGAGGAUGAUCAUCAUGGGAGUGUUACGGAGAAGGGGGUUGCGGAUUGGGUGAGGAGGGUUAGAGCUGAGGCGGGGAGGUUGGCGGCUAGAAGGGAGGCUAAGGCGAGGUGGGAUGAGGGGAGGGUUGGGGGGUGGCGGUGA